AUGGACCGUCAUAAAGCAACAAGUCAAGCAUCCAUUGAUAGAAGGUCCAACACUACUAAAGAGAAUAGUAUUCUAUCAAUCAAUAAACACAAUCAAGUACAAAAUGAAAUUGAUAAUCUUAUUCAACAUGGAAUUCUUGAUUCAAUAUAUAAAUAUGAUCCAAAACUUGAUUUUAUUUGUUCACCAAUUAUUAGUCGUGAUCAAGUUAUUAAACAAACUCGUCGACAAACAUGUGGACUUAUUUGGAAUUCAAUUCGAUCACCAGCAAUAAGUAGAUUAGUAAGUGAUGAACAUUCUGGUGCUUUUGUAGAAAUUAUUCGAACACCAACAGAAUGGUCACGUUAUGAUACAGAUCUUCUUUUACUUAAAAUUCGACAUAAGAAUUUUCUUAAUGGACUUGCUUUACGUGAUGAAUUUGUUCGUGUACUUCAAGUUAUUCUCAAACGUGAUUUUAAUGAAGAAACAAAUACUGAAAAAAAAAAUUCUUAUGAAUUAAAAGAUGUUGAUUUUACACGAAAUAUGAUUCAAUUAGUAUUUCAUAGUCGACAAGAAACAGAAUUAACUCUUAUUAUAUCUUUAAUACUUUUAGUUGAAUUUGAUGUAUCUUGUAUAGAUUUUUUUCAUGAUACAUAUACAUCACUUUGUGAUCAUAAUGAUUUUAAUGAUUAUUUAAAAUAUCAUCCAGAUGUAAAUCGUACACGUUUAACACCAUAUAAUUCAAUAAGAUUUCUAUUUGAUUAUAGUUUAACUGAAGCAAAUCUAUGUGAAUAUUUCUUACAAAAAUCAAGUCCAUUAUCAUCAAUGUUAACAGGUUUUUUAAAAUUACGAAAAGAAUGGGUAAAAUAUGUUCAACGUGCAUCGAAAUAUGCAUCAGAUACAAUUAAAAUGCAAAUGCAUACAGAAAAACAUCGUCAAUCAACAUGUUCAGUUAAUUCAACACGAUCUGGAACAUCUAAUGCAUCAACAAUGAAUAAAAUUACACAAAGUAAAAUACCAUUAUCAACGGAAAUUGAAGUAGCAUUUGAAUUUCUAUUUUCUGUAUCAUUACUUCGUCUUUUAUUUAUAACUGUUUGUACAAAAUAUAAACAAUUUGGUGCAUCAUAUGAAAAUGAUACAGCAUAUGCUAUUGAAAAAGCUUUACAAUUAUUUGGUGAUGCUUUAGAAAAUAAUUAUCUUGAACAUCCAUUUCUUAAAAAUAUAAAUUUUUUACCAGAUUCUUUAUUAACACAUGAAAUAAGUGUUAAAAUUGGAAUAAAAAAAUUAAUUAAAGAAAUGCAACGGGAUUGGAAACGGAAUAUACGUCGAUAG